CCCGCUUAUAUUUGCCGUUGCUGUUGGUAACACAAAGCAUAGUUGUUCUACCAUCUCACAACUUUAAAAAUAACUAAACCUUAUGAUGAAUGGAAAAGAUUUUAUUCGUCUUUUCGCGUAUGUGUCUAUGCUGCUAAUAAACACCAAAAAAUAACGAAAGACAACGACUGUCUUCAUGCCAGUUUAGUUUAUUAUUUCGUAGAGACCGGUCUCCUAAAGUGUAUGCGUGAUUAGCUUCAUUGAACUUGAGACAUAUUUAGAGUUUUUUUUCGUCGAUUAUUUUGUAAUAAAACGAAUUAUACAACACUCGAAAACAAGAUCAAUCAUGACUAGCCAAGGUCAAACAUUUGAUGCCAAUGCUAUGACUCUAACCCGGUUUGUGCUGGCUGAACAAAAAAAGCAUCCAACUGCGAGUGGUGAUUUAUCGCAAUUACUCAACUGCAUUCAAACUGCUAUCAAGGCUGUCAGUUCGGCCGUGCGAAAAGCUGGAAUAGCUCAAUUGCAUGGUAUUUCUGGUGAAACGAACGUUCAGGGAGAAGUUGUCAAGAAGUUGGAUGUCUUGUCGAACGAGCUGUUCAUCAAUAUGCUUCAAUCGUCUUACACUACUUGUCUGCUUGUAUCAGAAGAAAACAGCUCCGUUAUCGAAAUCGAUGAAGAUAAACGGGGUAAAUACAUUGUGUGCUUUGAUCCAUUGGAUGGAUCGUCCAACAUCGACUGUUUGGUGUCCAUCGGAAGCAUUUUCGCCAUUUACAGGCAAAAAUCUUCUGGCACUCCACAAGUCUCGGAUGCAUUGCAAUCGGGAAGGGAAAUGGUUGCUGCUGGAUAUGCUCUAUAUGGAUCGGCAACAAUGAUCGUUUUGAGUUUAGGGUUUGGUGUCAAUGGAUUCACUUACGAUCCGGCGAUUGGCGAGUUCAUCUUAACUGAUGCUAACAUGACUAUUCCGGACAAGGGAAAGAUUUACUCAAUUAAUGAAGGCUACAGCUACCUUUGGGAUCAAUCCGUUGUUCAAUACGUCCAAGAUAAGAAGAACCCAGCCAAAGGGAAACCAUAUGGUGCUAGAUAUGUCGGAUCAAUGGUGGCUGAUGUUCAUCGAACAAUAAAGUAUGGAGGAAUUUUCAUCUAUCCUGCAACUACUGAGAGUCCAAACGGAAAGCUUCGACUUCUUUACGAAUGUAAUCCGAUGGCUUACAUUAUAACACAGGCCGGAGGUAAGGCCAGCACCGGAAAAGUCGAUAUCUUAGAUGUGGUUCCGCAAUCCAUACAUCAAAGAUGUCCAAUUUAUUUGGGAUCGAAAUUGGACGUUGAAGAAGCGCUAAGUUACAUUAAAUGAACAAAUCUACCUGAGGUCAAUAAUAUUCGUAAAUAAAUUUUUCACAAACUAAAA